UAUGUCAAAACAGCACAUUCUGUUUUUUGACACUGUCAAUUUUAAAAAUACCAUGUGCGUUACGAUUCAAUCGUUUUAUUAUAUUUAGUUCUAUAAGUAAAAUAUCAUGGAUUACGUAGUAGGCAGUGUCGCGGCUUUAGUAACUGGUAACGUUACACCGAACCGGCCUAAAUUUCUAAAACGUGCGUUAACCCCGACAAAACACCAACCCUCUCCAAAUGUUACCCCUAAGAGUGAGCUGGUUGAUGACCGGUCAAUUUUCCUUUCACCGACAAUACAAAAGAAGAAGGCUGUUGUAAAAAAAUCACCUAAAAGAAUAUUUGAGAACCCUGACUUGGAUGUUACCAAUGAUGAUGAAGGCAGUACCAAAUCUAAAAGUCCGAAGGCCGAAAAAGUUAAAAAGCAUCUUGAAGAAGACCUAGACGCCGAUUUAAGUCCUAAAUCUCUUAAAAACAAAAGCCCAAGCAUUAAAGAUGUACAAUUUCAGAGUACAGAAGAUGAAAAUAUGGAUGUUUCGGGCAGCCCGCAAGUUCAGAAUGAAAGUACUCCUAAAAAGAAGAAAAAGAAACAAAGUCUUAUUAAUGCACCAAUGGACAAUAUUAAUACUUCAAAUGACAAAAUUGAUGAAAUUAAAAAUAAAACAAUCUCACCUAAAAAGAAUAAAAAAGGCAAAAAAAAGACUAUUGUUGAAACAAAUGUUGACAAGGAGAAUAAUAUAAGCCAUGCAAAUGAAACUCAAACUGAUGAAACAGAGAAAUCAGAUACAGAAAAAACUACAAUUAUCAAAGUAGGAAACAUUUUAAACAAUGAUGAGGAAUCAAAAAAUCCAAAAAAAGGUAAAAAGAAAAAUAGGAAACAAAAGAAGAAAUUGAAUAAUCAACCAGAAAAUACAGACACUUCGGUAGCAAAAAAUACACUGACUGAAUCUAACACAAGUGUUUCAAAGAAAAUAAAGAUAAAAACACUAGUUAAUCCCAAUGCUAUAACAGAUAAAGACAGUGAUUCAGAACAUGAUUCCGAUGAUGAAAUUGAUUCAGAAGAUGAACAGAACAAUAAAGAAGUACUUGAUACAGGCCCAGUAGAAGAAAGCUCAGAAGAUGAAGAAGAAAAACCAGAGAAGAAAGAAAAAGUACAGAAAAAAGAAGUAGUUAUCAACACAGAAGAAGAAGUCAAAAGAACAUUAUUUGUAGGAAAUGUGCCUUUCAGUCCAAAAUGCAAGAAGGAAAUUAAAAAGAUCUUUAAUAAAUAUGGGCAGAUUGAAACAAUAAGAAUCCGCACUGUACCUGUCAAAGAUGGCCGAGCCACCCCUAAGGUGGCUGUAAUCAAGAAUGAACUCCAUCCAGACCGUUCCACUGUCAAUGUUUACGUGAAAUUUAGAGAUGCAUCAUCUGUGAAUGAGGCCUUAGCAGAAAAUGGUACUGUAUUAAAUGACCAUCACUUAAGAGUGACCCGCAGUGACUCUACUGGGUCAGAACAUGACCCCAAAUGCUCCGUUUUUAUCGGAAAUCUACCAUUUGCUUUGGAAGAUGAGGCUUUACAACAGAAGUUCCAGCAAUGCGGAGAGAUUGAAUCUGUACGGAUAAUAAGAGACAAAAAGACAAGUGCAGGGAAAGGUUUUGGAUAUGUUAACUUCAAAUCUAAAGAUGCUGUAGAAUUAGCCCUCGCGUUAUCCGAAGAAGAAUUAACAAUUAAAAACAGAAUACUCCGUGUAAAGAGAUGCACACAAACAAAUACCAAACAAAAACCUCAGCAAGAAAAUCGCUGGGGAAAUUUCCAAGGAGGUCGUGGCAGGGGAAUUACAAGAGGUGGAUUUGACAGGGGAAAUACGCGAGGUGGAUAUGGUAGAGGAAAUGAUCAAGGUAGCUUUGGCCGAGUGAAUGCGCGAGGUGGAUUUGGUAGGGGAAAUGACCAAGGUGGUUUUGGUAGAGGAAAUACACGAGGUGGCUUUGGCAGAGGAAGUACCCGAGGUGGUUUUGGCAGGGGAAAUCCGCGAGGUGGUUUUGGAAGAGGUAAUAUGCAGGGUAGGGAACAAUUUGGGAAUAGAGAUGACAGACAAAUGGGAAGACCUACGUAUGAUGAUAGUAAGGCGGAUGGCGCUAUGAGAAGAUUAAUGAAGAAGAGAACUAACCAGGACGGAGGUGAGGGUCCUCCAAACAAAAUGCAAAAAACUAUCAAUCAGCCAGGGAAAAAGCAGCGCAAGGAAUUUGUUGGAAUGACUGCUGAAAAGAAAAAGAAAAGCAAAUUCGACAAAGGACAAAAGAAGAAGAAAGCACUCAGUGAGAUAUUAACUAAAUAAUAUCAAAAGUGAUAAAACAUGUAAUUGUUAAGUCUUUAACAUUUGAAUAUAAAUGAUAGUUUUAUAUUA